AACCAAAAUACGCAAGAGAGCUAUUCAGAAGCUUGGGUUGGAAUCUGGGAGCUUCGUGUGGCUCGUUGUCUUGUUUUGAUUCAUCUACUUUCUCUGAGUGAGGCGCUUGUUAAGCUGCUCUGUUAGUCUGACUUUGCCGCAGACGUGCUUAUUUCUUUCAAUUUGUGUUGUGCUUCUCGUCGUGUCUUUGGCGCUUCGCUACCCUUUUUUUCGCCGCUCGGACGGUCACGAAUGUCCAGUUGGAUUGGAAGUCGAUGAAGUGAUUAAAUAUGCCUCGAAAAUACGCUCUUUCAGAGUCCGAGUCCGGGUCUGAAUCGGAUCUCUCCGCUCCUCCCUCACCACCCUCCGACGAAACGCUGGAGAAGGCCCUACGCGAUGCAGUCGCCAAAAUCUACAAGACCGGGAAAAUAGAGGAAUUGACCGUCAAGAGGGUCCGACUGGCAGCGGAGAAGUCAUUGCAGCUGGAGGAUGGGUUUUACAAAGGCACUGGGGAUUGGAAAGCCAGGAGUGAUCAGGUUAUUAAGGAUGAGGUGAAAGUACAAGAUACCGCCGCGCAGGAUUCACGACCUGCGGAGGACGAGAGCAAGGACCGGAGCUCCUCUCCAUCAGAUACUACCAAGCUCACUAAACGAGCUAAACCCGCAUCCUCUUCCACCUCCAGAAAACGCCACAAGUCAACUCCCGACAGCAAUGAAAUCGAUGAGCGAGCGAGUGACGAGGGAGAAGAUGAGAUCACCGAACCGUCCACUGAGACACAAGCGAAAACAGUGCCCAAGAAGAAAUCGCGACGUGAAUCGUCUGAGAAGAUCGUAUCUGAUGACUCCGAUGUGAACAGAGAAGGGCAAAAAGAUGAGCCUGGCGACGGAUCGGAGAGCGAGAUGUCGGUUGUCCUGGAUGAAGAGCCCAAGCCCAAGCCCAAGCGUCAACGCCAAAGGAAGACUACUGGCAUGACUUCCCGCAAGGAGAAGCAGACAGCCACCAAGGGGAAGAAGGAAGCGGACAUAGACCCUAACCAGGCAGAGAUCAAAAGAUUACAGGGAUGGCUCAUCAAAUGUGGUAUUCGCAAGAUGUGGUCGCGAGAGCUGGCUCCGUACGAUACACCCAAGACGAAGAUCCAACACCUCAAGAGCAUGCUGAAGGACGCGGGUAUGGAUGGACGCUAUUCGGUAGACAAGGCCAAACAGAUUCGAGAAGCGCGUGAGCUUCAGGCUGACCUUGAAUUGGUCCAGGAGGGGGCGAAACGAUGGGGCAAAGGAAGUGCGGAUGAUGACGGUAGUGACAGCGGUCCCCGGCGGAGGUUGAACAGAGGACGGAGGAGUCUUGCAUUUUUAGAAAGUGAAGGGGAGGAAACGGAUUGAUUUUGCAAGAGGUCUAGUCGAUAUACCCGGCGGAAUCUCUUCUUCAUGUAUAAUUUAACGAUGUAAUGAAAUGAGCUGUUGCAUCCUGUUCGCUAGAGCGUCGUCGUCGUCAUUUCCCCGAUUUCGAACCACUCAUCCGUUGAGCAGCCAGACUAAAG